AUGCUCCGCUAUUUUGAAUAUUUGGAUAUUUUCACUAAACUGGGAAUCUUCACAGCAUCCUUCUCAAACUUCCUGCUUAUCUAUCUUACUUUAUUUUACAUCCGACAAAUUCGUGGAACCUAUAAGCAAAUGGUUGUGAUCUUAGCGCUCACUGGAAUUGCUUUUUCCAGCUGGGAGCUACUUGCUCGACCAUUUGCUCAUAACUAUAAUCGAGCUUUCGUGUUUUUUAGCCUAAACACCCAAAAUUCCUUAUUUCUUGUUCAAAUUUCGGUGGCAGUUUAUGCAGGAUUUUAUCUCUUCAUUCUGGCAUUUUUUGUAGUUCAAUUUGUCUUUCGCUAUGUAAGCCUGGUAAAUCCAAUUUCUACGAGAAAAUUUGGCGGUUUUGGAUGUAUCCUUUGGAUGGGAUAUCCGUUGAUUUGUGGGGGUGUUUAUGGCGGUUUGUUGAGCUGGGCAGGAAGUCCCGACGAGUAUUCGGAUGACUAUUUGAGAAAUACAUUUUUGGAUUCUUACGACUUGGAUAUAACCCAGACAGCUCGAUUUGUCUUAAUUCCUUAUGCUUCUGAUGACUCGUUACGAUGGCGAAAUCUAUCUUUUAUCAUUUGUGGUGGAUCCUUAUUAACCGUUCAGUACGUCAUAAUAAUCAUCUGUGCUAUAAAAAUGCACUCGGCUAUGGAGCGCGAACUCCGAAAGUUCUCGGUCCGAAACCGAAGUGUUCAGCGGCAAUUUUUUCGAGCUCUCAUCGUGCAAACCUUGGUGCCGACUUUUCUUUUUGUGGUACCUGCGAUGCCACUUCUCAUGGGUCCGUUGUUUGAUAUUGAGUGGGAUUUGCAGACUGGCGGAAUUAUUGCUCUUUUGAGUGUCUAUCCGCCAAUCGAUUCAUUUGUUUUUAUUAUGAUCGUGUCGGAGUAUAGGAAAGUUGUGAGCAAUGGUUUGUGUCGAAGAAAAAAGAUUUCCAAUCAUUCAACAGACGUCUUCAUUAUUUGAUUUUUGUUCGAAUAACAAUUAAUCUUCCAAUGCUGGCUGUGAAGUAGACGUUCCAACUUGGUUCCCAUUAGACUGUUGCAAAUCCAUCUCAAUUUGAUCUCCAACUUUUUCAAUUUCUGUGAUAAAGUUUUCAAUUGAC